AUGAACCGAGCACUGCAGAUGGCGUGUGUGGAGGCAGAAACCUCCGCCCGCCUCUCCCGUCGCUUCGUCGCCAACAUCAGCCACGAGCUUCGCACGCCCCUCAACUCGGUCAUCGCCUUCAACUCGCUCCUCCUGGACGCUGAAGAGCUCGACCCCCUCCACCGAGAGUACGUGAAGUCCUCCCUUACCUCAGCCGAGGCCCUACUGGGCAUUAUCAACCAGGUGCUCGAGUACGCGAAGCUGGAAGCGCGCGAGGACUCGGACACGGGGAAGGGGAAGGGAGACGGAGCGCCGGCGAUCGAGCUGAACAAGCAGCCGUUCCUGCUCACCGACAUCUGCGAAGAUCUCUGCGACAUCCUCUCUGCUCGCGUCAACAUGCGUAAGGUUGACUUUGCGGUGGACGUCGCGAAGCAGAAGAAGUUCGAGAUGCUGCCGGCGCUGGUGGGCGACAGCUUCCGCCUGCGCCAGUGCCUCAUCAACCUCUGCGACAACGCCAUCAAGUUCGCUCGCGACGAUCACGGGAAGGUGAUCUUGCGGAUCCACGUGGACUCGCAGGAGAAGGACCUGGCACAGCUGCGCAUCGAAGUCUGGGACAACGGGGAAGGGAUCCCCGAGGAGAAGCAGAAGCUGCUCUUCAAGCCCUUCUCGCAGGUGUCAUCGCACCUCCGCAACCACAACGGCACCGGGCUAGGCCUGGUGAUCACCAAGAGGAUCGUCAACGCCAUGGGAGGCAACGUGGAGUGCCGGAGCUCAGUGGGAGGAGGAGGCACAACCUUCACAGUGACCGUCCCCCUACCCAUUGCCAAGUCAGAGGAUGUGAAGCGGGAGGAGGCAACUCAAGAUGGUUUGAGUGGUCGUGUGCUGGUGGUGCUGCGGGAGGGGCCGGGCUUGGAGUUUGUACGAGGGCUGUGCGAGGAGUGGGGGUUGCAGAGCUCUGUCAUCUCCUUCGAGGAGAAUCCGCAUGGGCACGCGAGGGCGAUCGCGACGAGCCAGAGGCUGCUGGAGGCCCUCAAGGCGCAGGACGAGGCUGUGCUGGUCAUGGACUGCCAGGUCUACCUGCACCUCAUCGCUGACUCUCCUUCCUCUCUCGCUUCCCGUCGCCUCCUCCUCGUCGGCCACCUCGACGACCAGUCCAAGUUGCCCCCCAAGAGCAUGGCUCAGUUCGUCCUCCGGCCCAUCAAGCCCUCGCUCUUCCGCUCCAAGCUCGAGGCCGCCUUCUCCCUCACCCCUGCCCCCGUCGAGACCUCCGUGGUGAAGCCGCAGAAGCCGCAGACUGAGGCCGAGGAAGCGGCGCCGACGGGAGAAGAUCGAAUGCAGAUCCUCAUAGUGGAGGAUCACCCUGUGAACCAGAAGGUUGCGAUAGCGAUGCUGCAUAAGGCGUUAGGGAAGGACAAGGUGAACAUCGUGCUGGCGAACAACGGGCAGGAGGGGCUGGACCUGGCGACAGCGCGAGGCCAUGCCUUCGACCUCAUCCUCAUGGAUGUGCGCAUGCCCGUCAUGGAUGGCCUCGACGCUACUCGCAAGAUUCGCGAGUGG